AGCAGCUGCUCGGAGGAGCCGGAAUUCCAACAUGGCAGUAUCGGUGGUGGUCAGUCUCACCCGCAAUAACUUGGAGCGGCUCCAAAACACCAGCGACUGAGACCGGGACUGGACGGAGCGGAAGUCUCGCGCGCUUCCCGACGAGCAUAGCCGGUCGCCAAAAAGCGCGUGACGGCUCCGCUGUCUCCUCAAAUAAACAGCGACAUGAUGAGCAGUGUAUAUGGCGUGACAAUGCAGUGGGCCCCUGAGCAGACGCAGUGGGCGGAGCAACACUAUGACAUCACAUCAACCACACGUUCCCCAGCACGCAAGUUCGAACCUUUCCGCAGUCAAAGGUUAACCAGUUCUGCAAGCACAGCGUACCAUCAUUCAUGGGCUAACGAUGACAUCUCUGCCCUGACUGCCUCCAACUUGCUAAAACGAUAUGCAGAACGUUACUCCACCAUUUUGGACCUCCCCUGUGACAACGGACUCAUUGGAUACCCGGACCCUACCAUUUCGGCCAGCGUAAAUGGACCUAGCGUUGUUAACAGAGCUCCGACUUUGCUUCCGGGACGCAAACUGGAUGCAGAGCCUUGGCUUGAGAGCGUAUACCCUCCACUAGGCUGCGUCCCGGAACUGGUCCCCAAAGCACCGUUGAGCGUAUCUGAUAUGCCUGCAAGUGUGGUUAGCUCCCCUGGUGUUGGAGCUGGUAGCUUGCCCGAGUCCAGUUUUUCCAGCAGUAACUGUGGGAGCCAAACUAGUGCCCAGGAGUACAGCAACACCCUAUAUAGUGCCCCUUACUUGCACUCUGUGGGCACCUAUAAUGGACCACUUCUCCACCCAGUUGCCUCCCAUCCCAAUUUGGUGCCAACUUAUGGUGCUAAUGCCUCACCCAGCCUUCCCACAUAUGGCUACCCAAGCACUGGAUACCCCUAUAGUCCUCCGUCCCCUUCUGCCGCCUGCCUUUCUAGCAGCAUUGCACCGGCUACACCUCUGCCAGCAUCCAGCAUGAGUGGCUACUCGUACCCAACUACCAGUCUGGUGCCAUUGCCUGCUAGUGUUGCAGAUAAUGGUUCCCCAAGUUCGAGCAGCCUUGGCAAGCCCUAUUAUUCAGCUGGACCAGGGGACUUAAGAUCAUUUGAGGAGUUUGGAUUCGGUGGUACUUCUAAUUCAGACAGUCAGUCAGCAAGCAGUCCGCUCUACAGGCCACCGGUGGGAAACGAAAGGCUUAAGGGAAACGGAUAUGAGCAGUCGAGUGAUGGCACAUCCAUGGUCUUUAAACCUACCAAUCCCAGUGACUCACUCCGUAGCCUUGAGUCUCUUGCUCAAGGUAGUGCUGCAUCAGGACAGUGCUUUGCAGCAACUUCCUGCUCAGCCACCUCAUCAAAUCUGUACUCUGUGUCUGCCUCGCACACACACCUCUGCCUCGACACCCACACGCCUUGUUGAAUCCUCACCCUUUAAAGGAGCAGUCGAAGAAGUUUGUGUUAGUGUUUUGGCUCUGAGGAUGUGCACCGGGGCCCCCGGUGGUCUAGAGGGAGGCAUUGCUUGAGCACACCUGUAUGAGGUUGUUCAAUUCAUGGAUGUGUAGUCCUUACACACACUUACAUGUGUUGGCUUGUGGUUUGUGCUCGGGCUGGGCUGUCCAGAGAGACUGCACAGCAGAAGUAGAACUUAUGAAGCAGUGGCCAGACUGAGCAUGCUCUGAUCGGAGGUGCCGAAUAAAGAACACCCAGGGAACGUUGGCUGGAGACGCACACAUACGUGCUGUGUGACAGUCAAAGUACCUUGAGGAACACCUCAUCAGGACAAACAGACGAAUGGACAAACAGAACGGUGUUGAAUCAAGGGACACAGAGCUAGACACUGAGAAAUGAGGUUUAAGAAUGUUUUGUAUGUGAGUGAUGAAUAUGAAGUAUAAUUUAGUGGCCAUGGAAACUCAGAGGCAUGAUUAGCCAUCAUUAGGUGUGAGAUUUCUCCAUUCCAGCAUUAGCAGACUUCCAUGUUUCCUUAUGUUAAAGGAACAGUUUGGUGAGAAAUCAGAUGUGCCCAAUUUCCCAAUUACUCCAAAUGAAGUUGUUAAGAGUGGUCAAAUGGAGUUCACCUGAUCUAUGAGGCUAACAUACAGUACCUAACAAGAACCGGAAGUCUAGCUUCACAUAUGAUAAGCUCUGUAGUCUCAUUCUGCAUUAAGUCUUAUUAAAGCUCAUAAUUUGAACUGGGAAAACCAAAGAAAUCACCAAAUUUUAGAAGGUGUACUUUAACACUUACAUCACACGACUGAAUAAAAAUGGAACAAGCAAUUAGUAAUUUUUUGUGUUUGUAUGUGCACAAAUUCAGCAGGCAACAAAUUGGCAAAGCUACUGUACAACAGUAGCACUACAGUCAUACUGUAAAAGACACAAUCUAGAAACGACACAAGUGACUUAUCGCUCAAUAGUGUGAACGCAGGGUUACAGGGUUAUACCAAAUUGUGCUAAAGAUAAAAUGAUCCUGUUUGUUCACAAUCCCAUCGAUCACGGAUAGAAGGCUCUCUAAAAGGUUUUCUUUAUUUUUGUAUAGAUUACAACAGAGAUUUCGGGUGACAUGGAGAGCUUUAAGUAAACUACAUUUUCCUCAUAGGAAUAAUCAAAAUGCCUCAGGUGACGGAUUACAUUCGAAGUUGAAAACGAUUUACAUCUGAUUUCUAACCAAACCAUCACUACUGUAAUAUUAACCUCAGAAACAAAACCAUUUCUGCCAGCAUUAUCUGACCCAAAACGUGUAAAACGUCUCAGAUUGCUGUUUUAAGGGUUUGUCUGUGGAGUUAUGUAACGAGAUUAUGAGUUAAAUCCGACAUGUUAUUCCAGCUGUGUUUAACACUGCAGAGUCUCCCAGAUGUUAAGAUGAACUCAAUGCAUUCACGAGCAUACCUAUAGAGUACUCAAGCUACUCUGUGUGUGUGUGUGAGUGUGUGUGUUUGUGUGUGUGUGUGUGCGCGUGUGUUUUAUGUGUUUCAUUAAAUCAGACUCACACUCGCCACAAGAGACAAGACAUCCUCUAUCUAUUCAAGGAGCUACAAAAUUCCACAGAUUUGUGUGUGUGUGUGCGCGUGGGUGUGUGUGUGUGUAAUUGAGAGAGAGAGAACCUCAGGAAAGAAUUUGUAAAUUUGUAUAGUUCCUCAGAUUGUUGUGUUGAGGGUUUGUGUGCUAGUGAUUUGUUAACGCUUUCUGUAUAUAUUAAAAUAGUGCCACAUUUAUGUAUCUCCAAGCAAGUAGUGCAAAUGGAGCUGUUUCGCUGAAUGUACAAAGACAUUAUACCAAGUUGCUACAAAAA